AACUUGCCUCACGAGCCAUGCAUGAGACUGUAGCUGGGUGAUUCUUUCCCUGCAGAUGCGAACUACGUUUCUGCUUCACUAACCGCAGUUACACGCUUCAUGGAAUGUCUCUCAUAAACGAAUUAUCUGGAAAACACGAUUCUUCUCUCGAGAGAUGAAGUUCAUUGCACUGAGUUGUACGGUUCGGCGAGCUCUGCUCAAUGGCCGCAGCUGCAACGGCCUCGGUACGACGGCGGUGAUGGCGUAUGCGGCGCCGGAAACGAGGCUUCUCUGUGCCGGCGCAGCCAAUGGAGGUGAAGCUGCGGGAGAAAGAGUUAUAUACGGAUUUUAUAUUCGAAUUUUUACCGCCUUAAAAUUUGUAUGUAAAAUCCGCAUAUAAUUUUGUAGAAAAAUUUGGAAGGAUAUGAUCCGUAUGUAAUUUGAGAGAAUUCGUAGAAACAAAUGUUACAUAAGAAAAUUAAGUUAGGGUUCAUUAAUUCGAAGCCUCUUUAGUAGAACCCCACUCAAUUUUUUUCUGUGGAACCUUCACUCGAGCUCUCCUUUCUGGAAUUCUUCUCCAACCCUCGUACCAGUUCGAAGCUUUUUCCCCAUCUUCUCUCGAACACCAAACAAUCUCGUGGUGCCUCCUUCACGAAACAAUCUCCUUCAUCAGACACAUUCGUUCGGCCUUCGUGGUUCGGUGACAGACAUUGUCGUUCAGUUAGGGUGACGGUGAGACCACUUAGUUCGGUUGUUACAGGCAUCGAUUGAGGUGACUGUGUUGCUGUUUAAGGAUUGUGUUGCGAAGGCCGUUAGCAAGGAACCAGAAAGGACAUGGCAUCAUGUGGUUGUGACCCUUCUCCUCUUCCUUCAGAAAAAUCUGAUAAGGGGAAGGGGAAGAAAUCUAAUGUGGUGAAGUUGUUGUCACGAAUAAAUGUUGCAACUUGCUCAAAUAGUCAGCCAACUACACCUACAUGUGCAUCCACGGGUAGAUCUGUUCCACCUCCAUUGCAAGUUCCUACUUUCACACCCUCUCCACCACCAGUUCAUGUUGAUCGAUUGUCAUCACUCUCUCCCCAUAUUGGUUCAAACCCAUCAACUCCCAUAACCAUUGCACCAUCACCUGGUACAGAGGAUGCAAGUCCCCAUUCAAGUUCAGCCAUGAAUGACGUAGAAGACGGUUCCAACGGUCGUCCAAUGAUUACACCUGUUCGAGGAGAGUAACGAAAAAUAUUACAAAUUCAUGUUUUAUCCUUCAAAAACUGCAUCGAAAGCAAUCACAGCCACCAUCAAGCAACAGUUUGAUAAGCCAUGGUUAACAUGGAGACAAAUCCCUAAUACAGACAAAGGUGUUUUCUUCGAGAGUUUUAAGAAAAAGGUUUCAUGGAAGAUUGAAGAUGAAGGAAAGGUGAAAAGAAAUUUUCAUUUUAAGGCAUCUCAUAGAUUGGCAAAGAUGUUUAAAAAGGCUCGAAAAGAAGGAAAAAAACCUAAUUGGAUGGGGGAUAAUGUUUGGAACGGUCUUCUAGAGAAGUGGAACAUGCCACUUUAUAGGCAAAAGUCUGAUAUGGCCAAGAAGAAUCGAACAUCUGAGAAGGGUGGCAAUUUGCACAUUGGGGGAUCUAUUAGUGUGAAUGACCAUGCUAUUCAUUUGUCACAAGACCUUGGUCGCUCAGUGCAUGUUGACGAAAUCUGCCAGCAGACACAUAUUCAUUGCUCAACAAAAGAAUUUAUUGAUGAAAGGUCUAGGCGGACACAUGAAGAAUUUCAAACAAGAUUUUCUAGAGUAAUAUCUGAGACUGCAUCUGUUGUUGCAUCAACAUCUAGUCCCCUAGACCCUGCAGAGGAGGAAAGAUUGAGGAAUCGAUGUAGGUUAGAGGCUGCGAGUGGAAGGUACAAGGGACGCGUAUACGACAUUGGAAAUGUCAAUAUUCAAGAUGACUGUGUCAACAGUUACAUACGACAGACACAAGCAUCUCCUAUUCAGCAAUCGAAUGCAGAGGUCUUGCAUAACCUCAAAAUGCAAAUAGCAAGCCAAGAACAACAGUUGAGACAUAUGACUUCUCGGUGGCAAGGCUUUAUUGGUGCCAUCAUACAGUUCCUUCCGCCUCCGGCAGUUGCAGUUGCACAACAAUUUCUUCAACAUCAAAUUAAUGAACAAAAAAGUGUGCCACAGAAUGAUGUUCAAGCACAAGAUCAACCAGCAGAUCAACCAUAACAUCAACCAGAAGAUCAACCUGAAGAUGAAAAUGAUUACAUGAUUAUUAGUAUUUGUUAUCUUUAGAAUUUGUAUGACUAUUUAUUAAACAAUCUAGAAUUUCUUUAUGACUUUAGUUAUGUUUAGAUUUCUGACUCUAUUAAACAAUCUAAAACUUCUUUAUGACA